AGUUUUACAUGUAAUGCUCAAAGACCAACUGCUGCAUGUAUGUAGGCAUUUGUGUAAGAAAUGCCUACAAGCAUGCAGCAAACAGACAAGCAUACAUACUAAAUUAAUAAGUAGGCAGAAUAAUUGAGUAGGACAAUGUCAAAAUAAAAGAUACAGCAACAACACAAAGUAUUGGGGUUGUGCCUUUGCACAUGGACUUUAGUAACAUACUAUUUUUAAAGCACAGGCUGUCCUGAUAUGCUGUUAGCCUACUUUUUGCAGCCACAACAACUUCAACCCUGAGAAGUCAGUCUAUGAACACAUUUAGUAUUUAUUCUUUUAUCAUGGCUUUUGUAAGGUCAGGCACUAACGUUGAACAACUAACGUUGCUCAGUUACACUGACUGGAGGACUAAUUAAAGACCAGACAAGUUUACUACACCAAAUUCACUCUGGGUUGGAACAAGAAAGAGCAUUCAUUUUACUAGAUUUAAGGGGCCAAGUCCAACUCCUGAAUAUGAGACUGUGACAGCUGUCCCUACUGUCCCACAGAGAUCUGAAUGGUAAUCGUUUUCUAUUCAUCCUUAACAUUAUUUUACAUAUUGAUUAGUGAAUAGUUUAGAAUUUUAUCUUUAAAAUUAUUUUCAUUAGCCUGACUCUUUAGUUAACUAUUUGCAGUGCACACAUUUAGUUAACUUUAUCUGUCAGUUCUUUAUUUUUUUUUUUGUUAAAUGCAACAAAUUAAUUUCUUUUUCUUUUGAGUUACCAGUUUCCUUUGGAGAUGCUGCUGGAAUCACACAGAAGAGCUCCAACUAAUUGCUGUCUUUAUAAGGCUGGAAAACCUCAGUGGGUCAUUCCAUUUGUUUGCCAGGCGAAGGGGAAAUUUGGUCUUCUUUAGUUUAAUUUGACCAUUUCUUUAAUGUUUCUUCUUUUUGGAAGUUAGUUCAGUUCUAAUAUUUGUUUAAUUUAAAGAUUUAGUAAUGUAUUGACCAGUAUUUGUUAAGUUCUUGUGUGUUUAAUUACCCCCUUGUGUGUUAGUAGUGGUCUGAUCAGCCACUAUUUAAGUUCCCCUCAUGUCCAGUUUGUUAGGUCAGUUUUGUGCUUGAGUUCUUUGUGUUACUACCUGAGUUGUAGUUUGUUAUGUUGACCUCAGUUUUGGGCCCAAUUCAUCAUUUUUGAACUAUUUUUGGACUUUUUGUAAUAAAUUAAGAAUAUUUUUUGGAAUCCAUUCAACGUCUCUGUGACCUGGUCUGUGUAAAACCCUCACAGAGACCCACAAUAUAGUCCUCCUACAACAUUAUGUGCUCUUCAUUAAGCUAACAGUAAACUGGCAGCUACCUGACUGGAACCAAAAAAAGACUCUUUAAAAUAUAUGCUGGCCACGGUGAUUUACCGCCAUUGCGUGGCUAAAUUGUACACAGUAAUGUACUGCAUUACAAUUUGUAAUGUGUAUUAAGAGUACAUGAACUUUAAUGAAUUGUUCUUUCCAGAGACCACUGACUAAGUUGACUGAAGCUAGUAGCAACGCCUUUGAGGAGUGAAUCUUCUCUUGGGAUCACCAGAAAGUUCCAAACGGACAGUUUCCAUCACUGCUCAACAUUUUUCAAUAAAUUUUAUUAUGCUCUAUUGCCACUGCCAGUUUUAGAAAAGAGUAAAUCUUGAGAACUCUGUUUGGAUCAAAUAAACUCAGUUGAACCAAAGAAUUGCAAGAGUUGCUGCCCAUGUCCUGGACGUGUGGUUGGCUGACUAAAGCUACAGUUCCCUAUAAGUGGUUGAGAUUGCAUUUUUUUUUCCUUCUACCCUAAAAUACACUUGAAGUAUAAAAAAAUUGUCUUUUGACAAUUUCUGGAGAGCAUUUGGCCAACUUUAGUAGUCCUGGUAUUGUGGACCACAAAAUGUAACUUAAUGUUGGGUGUUUUUUUUAGUAAACUGGCAUAUCUAACGUUUUUUGAACGUCACCUGCAUUUUUUUUUAAACUUAUGGUUCUGAAAAUUCUUAAUAUGCUCUUGAAUAUUGCCUUCUCGUGUUUGCGUCCAACACACUCCGGUGCGAGAGGGGGCGACAUUUUAAACUGGUCAUGUAAUCCGCAGAUUAAACCGGCUGUUUGAAUGCGGAGAGCGGAAAUGUUCUUUGACUGGAGUAGCAUUUCUCGUGUGUCCGAAAGGUCUUAAGUGGGUAAAACUAAGUUAUUGUGGGUGAAAAUGAGCCAACUGGAGGAGCUAAAGUUGUUUGUGGCUGCGCGACUGCGAACUGCUACAUCCGAAAUCCUUGAUGUCAUCGACAAAACUAUAGAAGUGUACGAGCAAGAGGUCACCCGGCUGAAGGAGGAAAACAAGCGCCACUCGUCUCUGUUGGAGAUUAUCCUGAAGAAAAAGUUGCCAAAGAAACAAGGUUGUCAUGUAACCAACACUACAACUACAGAGGUUGCUGCAAAGCUUGUCACUGACUGCAGUAACGCUCCUGCUGUUAAAGAAGAAAAUUCUCCUUCUGGCCCAUCUGCUCCAGACUCGGGAGUUAACAGCAAGACCCAAACAUCUACCUUUAGUGCCACUGUUGGGCAACAGACUGUCUUCAUCUCCAAAGAGCGCCUUCUCAGGUUUUCAACCAUGGAGAACUGUUUCUUCUGUUUCAAGCAAGUGCCUGCCUCAAAGCACCACCUGAUGAAAAGACAUUAUGAUAUAGCUGUCCAUUUUAUUCAGGAUGACAUUGAAAGAUUUGUGAUCCCAUGUAUGUGUUCUGACAAAGUUCAGGAAAGAAGUCACUGGCACUGUCCGUGCUGCGAGAAGGUCCUUAAUCGGAGAUGCAUCUUUAAAGUCCACCUAUCAAAACAACAUGGUUAUACUGUUCUGCAGACAAAACAAGGGUCAGGGAAUCAUCGUCUGCCUUACACUGUCAUGUUUGAAGAAGAAUCUUCGGGCCUCGAAGACUCCGAGGAAGAUGAGGAAGAGCUCAGCAGCAUGGAACAGCAGCAGGAAACAACUUCACCUCUGCUUCAAAUGAAAGAAAAAGCAGCAGGCCAACUUCUAAAUGUGGUGGAUCCCCAACAUUCUGGUAGCAGUCAACCACAGCAACACUGUCUAUACCUAAAUCAAGACCGUGGCAUGAACAUCUCCCUGAACACUCGUAUCCAAGAUGGAAGGGAAGUUAUUGUCGUGGAAAGUCGUCAGAAUAAUGGCUUUGGUAAAGUACUGGAUUCAGCUGGCAAAAUGCAGCAACCAAAUGAAACCGGUGUUGUAACAAAGGGCAAAUCCUGCAGCAAUACCAAGGAAUCUAUCCCGACCAAAUCAGCAUCCUCAAGUUCAGUUGACUUUAGUCCACCAAGCAAAAAGCAUGCAAAAAGUCAUUUAGCAGACCUAAAUCUGAGUACAGCGACAACAGAGUUAUCUGCCACUCAGAACCGUGAUGGGUCGUAUUACUGUAAGGCAUGUGGAGAAAUCUUCUAUUACUUCCACAAGCUAAAGACGCACGUGCGGAAACACGCAGGGGACAAAAUCUGUAUUUGUGGGGUUUGUGGGAAACGUUUGAUGCUCAGUGAAAGUCUACACCAACACCUGCAGAACCACAACACCAAGAACGUUUGUGGGACAUGUGGUAAGCAGUUUUCAAGCCAGUCUCGCUUUCAGCAGCAUAAGACUUUUCAUAAAUCAAAGACUAAAUACAAAGUCUACAAUAUGAUCACACCUGGAUUCACGCAGGGCUUUGAAAAGUCUAAAAUUUGAAAAUCUUGUCUAACUGAAAACCCUUAAAACUGAAAUUGGUGCUAAAGGGCUUAAGUAUUAUAAGGUUGUAUAUGUAGAUAAGUGUUUUGUUGAGAAGAUUACUUAGGUUAAGAUAGCUGCUUUGAUUUAAUGGAGAGCUAAAUUGAUAAUUUUCAGUGAAUAAACAUAAAUCUUUAAAUUGAUAACAAAAAAGCUUUCUUUUGUUAAAAUGUUAAUUUGAAUGUUUCUGGUAAUAUGUCAUGUUGGUCUUAGAUUUAAUUCAUGAUCGUCUUUAAAAGGUCUUAAGCUUAUCCUACUGAAACCUGUAAGAACCCUGUCAAACAUGGCUGAAAUUCUCCAGGAAUCAAAUCUUCUGUGAUUGUUGUCCUUUAGCAGCAUUGUUCUCAUAUGUUGUGCUCUAGUGACAGAACCUAUACCCAACUGUAAUGCUUGUUCAGCAGUAUUCAUUCAAAUAAAUGUCAUAUAUAUCAUUUAUAUUUGUUACAUAGAUUCUUAGAAUUUCAUACUGUCAUGUAGUGUGGAAAACUGAGUACACCCUUGAUGAUAGAAUUGCUUUGACAAUCAGUUUUUGGUUGAGACAUACAACUGUGUUAAAAAAUGCCAAUUCUGUAGGAUAUAGUUAAUGACCAGCUUCAAGUGUUGCUAACUAUUAAACUAAGUGGUUAUUGGGUUA